UAUGAAACAUUUGAGUGAUUAUUUGUUGUUUGAGAAUAGAAUGGAUAGAAAGCAGCCAUUACCAAACAUUGCGUCGUGAUGGUCGUCGUGUGGUGAACUGAUCAAGUGAACCAUGGCUGACGAGGAGUUUGACGGGGAUGAUGCUGGCGAUGACUUUGAAGAAGUCGAAGAGGAUGAAAAUCUUGAUGACUUACAAGAGGGAGAGGAAGAUGAAAAUCAGACGGAAUUGUUACUUUUAGGGGAGGGUCAACCAGUGCCUGUACAGAAGCGGAUCACAACACCUUAUAUGACAAAAUAUGAAAGAGCUCGAGUGUUAGGUACAAGAGCGCUGCAGAUUGCAAUGUGUGCACCAGUCAUGGUUGAAAUAGAUGCAGAAUCUGACCCACUGCAGAUAGCUGCAAAAGAAUUGAGAGAACGAAAAAUUCCCAUCAUCAUCCGACGAUAUUUGCCAGAUGGAUCUUUUGAAGACUGGGGUAUAGACGAACUUAUCAUCAGUGAUUUCUGAAUCCAUCAUACCAGUUGCUGGUUAGACAUGAAAUUUGUUCAACAGCUAUUUAUUAAAUAUUUUGGUUGUCUUGAUAGA